GAGCUCAUGGCCAUCAAUACCAUCAAUGACGCAGGGCGUUGGUCAGGCGCAGCGUCUGCGCCGUUCGAUGCCUUCCUGAAGAAGCUGGGGGCCGACGGCACCGAGCACGUACGCCUGUUGGGCACCAUGACGGACGAGAGCGUCGCCUUCUAUCUGAACGAAGCAUCACAGGAGGGGGACAACGUCAUCAUACCCCCCAUUCAGGUCAAGGCGAUACAGCUCGCCCACCGCGCCACGCAGCUAGCCUGCGGCCUCGUGAAGCCCAUGAAGGAGCAGCAGCAGGCGGCCGACCAGGCUCGCCAGCAGCAGCAGGCAGCCGCCGAGAGGGGCCUUUCGGAUGCCCUCGCAGUCGCUCAAGCCGCAGCGACGGCGGCCCAGGCUGCUCAGGCGGCGGCUUCUUCGCACGCCACGGCCCCUCAGGCCAAGCCAGGCGGAGCGGAGUUCGAGACUGUCAUCAACCAGACGUGGAAAGGGUCCAUCCAACCCUUGGGGCCGGAAGAGGUCAAGGAUCAUUUCGCCAACUACCGCGCCGUCUUCGGAGACAAGGACCCUCCGGCAGGGGAGGAGUGUAAUCCCAUCCAGCUUGGAGGCCUGAAGUCUAUUCUUGCCGGCUCUGGCGCGCCAUACUUGGACUUUGGAGUAUGGGGUCCGAACCACCAUCGGCUCCUGCGCCGGAUCCGCUUCUCAGGAGCCAGGUUCGGUGCAGGGGGAGUGUUGGAGACAGUGGAGCUCCUGGGCCCUGCGAAUCUCCACUCCUGGGAAGAGAGCUACCGCCUGGUCAUCACCGGCAUGGUCGGGUUCAAGGCGGUGGACCUCGGGAACCUCCUGAACUACGGCAAGAAGAUCAAAGAGUUCUUCGACCUGUACGGUCAGGAGUGCUGGGCCCUGAUAUACCAAGCCGACGUUCGUGCACGGCUGGAAGAGAUGGAGAGGCUCAGGCGCACCCAGGAGGAGAAAUACGCUAGAGUCACGGCCCGUGGGGAACCGAACACUACGAAGUACGACCCCGACAGGCCAUGGAACUCAGUAUGGGCAGCCAUGGUGGACCAUGACAAAUUCUGGUCUAAGGAGAUCGAGCGCCCGUGCCAGCUAUACCUGUCGCGGAUUAGCCCCAUGCACUCCUUCGUGGACGGCGACGCACCGGUGGGCGGAACGCCCGGCGCCAGCGUCGCCCCCCGGGGAGGCGGUGGCGAGGCGCGCCAGGCCAAGCGCCCUGCAGGGCAGGCCAGAGGCUCCGAGGGGCGGAAGGUCAAGCCGCGCUUCGACAAGAGCCACCGCGUCGUGGAGGGCUGCUUCACACACAAUCGCCGCGACAUCAGGCUCUGCGCUGAUUUCCAGAAGGGCCAGUGCACGCAGGUCGGGCCGGGCGGCCGAUGCGCCAGGGACCCCAGAGCAGCCCACCAGUGCGCCAAAUGCUUGGACCAGCGCCACGGGGCGUUCCACCCAAAGGGCCCAGUGCCCAAUGAUGCCCUGAUGCAGAGCGCUCAACGCCCGCGUGUGCUCGUGCUGUCUGGGGACGCAGACAGUCUUGGAGCGCGCCUGGACGAGCUCGGCUGCUGCGCGGACACCCGCCGCGUCAGCAACAACGGUGGUGUCCACGACAUCAGGGAGGACAUCGUGUUUGAGGGCGUCCUCGAGGAAAUCCGGUGCGGCACGUUCGCGGCCGUUCACCUGGAACCCCCGCGCACGACGUUCGACGUCUCCGUUCCUGGGCCGCGCGCGGAGGGGCGCGGGGGCGCGCGGAAGCGGCUCCGCGGCUGCGGGCCGCCGGAGAUCUAUGGCUUGCGUGGACUCACGCCGCAGGAGAAGGACGGUGUCAGGGGCGACACCUUGCUCGCCAUCCGAUCUUUCGACAUCGGGAGGCUCUGCUCCGCCCUGGGCAUUCCAUGGGGCCUGCGGAGUCCAGCGCAGCCCCCGGGAUCGCCAUCGAUGUUCGCGUUGCCGGAGGCGGAGUCCCUCAUGGAACUCGCCGGAGUCGGUGACGUCACGAUCGGGGUCGGGCCGCAGUUGUCAUCAAUUCUCCGGGGGUCCGUGCCCGCGGCUGGCUUCCCAUCGGCCGUAGCCUCUGUGGAGGAGCUGCACCAGCGCCUGGCCGAGGACCCGAAGCAGCGGCGCAGGGCGGAAGACGAGCAGCCCCUGGGAGGCUUGAGGAACGCCGCAGACGCCGUGGCGAAGAUCAACGGCCACUGCCGCCUUGGGCCGCUGCUGAGACAGUACUUCGACAAGUUCUUGGACAGGCGCCCGGACGUCGAGCACGACAUCCUGCUCGCCGUGUCGCAGCAGGCGAGUGGCGGCGCCGCCGCCGACCACCGGGGCCCCUGCCCAUCUUCGGUGGACACGGCGCGCCGCGGCCUCCAGCGCAUCCUGCAGGCCGAGUCAGGUUGCGAAAUCGACACAGGGGUCUACUCGACCUGCAUCAGGGGGCACUUGCUUCACCGAUGGGCGAAAGUGGCUGGCGACCCUGGCGCCGACGCAGCACGGUGGCUAUGGGAAGGUGCCCCGGCAGGCCUCGAAGCGGACACGGCCGCCGUGGACAAGAUCUUCCCACGGCCCGAGGCACCGUUGUGUCCUGGCAUGCCCCGCGACACCUACCUGCCGCCGGAGGAGUUCGAGAACUACGCCUCCUUCGAUAGGGACGCGGAGGCCGCGGAGGAGGUCAAGGAGUUCGUCUCCAAGGGCUACCUCCACGAGUGCGACACGCUGCAGCAGCUCAGAGAGUAUCUGGGUGCGGAGCCGGUGAUUUCCCGGUUCGCAGUCAGGGUCCGCGAACGUCAUGGUAAGAUCAAGCGAAGGCUUAUCCUCGAUCUCCGGCAAUCCGGAGUGACAUCGUGCACGAGGCAGACUCACCGUGUCCCUCUGCCGCGGGGGUCAGAUGCAGUCCGGGACGUCCUCACCCACAUGGCUGCCGGGAUGGCCCAGGACGGCCGCGCAGGGGGCGAGGACAUCGAAUUCUCCAUCCUCGACUUCGUCGACGCCUUCUGGAACAUCCCUCUCUUGUUCGAGGAGCGCCGGCAUUUUGUGGGCCGCGUCGGUCACCAGUACUUGGUGUACCAGAGGGCUGCGCAAGGCUCCAGGAACGGCCCGUUGGCCUGGGCCGGAGUUGCAUCGCUCCUCGUCCGGUGCACGCAGAGCCUGUUCAUGCAGCCGGCGGCGGACGUGCCCCGGGCAGGGCCGACUGCCCGUCUGCAGCUGUACGUCGACGUCAAUUGGAUAGGAUGCAAGUUCACUAUCUCCUCCGACGCUGUGGUCGUCACGAUUUCGAAGGAGAAAUGCGACGAGCUCCAAUCCAUGGUCGUAGACUAUUUGGGCAGGAACGUCUUGCCGAUCAAGGAGCUGCGAUCUUUCAUCGGCCUCGCGUCGCACUUCGCCUCUGUCAUUUGGGUGUGGCGCCCGUUUCUGUCCGAGCUCUGGGCGGCCCUCAAGCUCGGACAAGAAGAACAAUGCGGAGACGCUCCAAAGAAUUGCAUUUGGACCAAGAUGGUUCGACACACGCUUUGUUGGCUCCUCGCCUUCAUGCGGCGCGUCGCCGGGUCCAUGAACAUCGUCUACAGGGCCGAUGCGUUCUUGAACCGUGGCCCGAAGCUCAGGAUCGUCGGGAACGCCUCUCCCUGGGGCAUGGGCGCGUUCCUCAUGAUUGACGGCCGGAUUUUGGAGUGGUACGCCACGCCGAUUGGGGGGGCCGAGGCCGCCAUCCUAGGCCACGCUGUCGGGUCGCACCUCGGCCAGCAGACGUGGGAAACCCUCAAUCUUCUCAUCGGACUCCGCACGUGGAAAUCCCACUGGCAGCAGGCCAGGGUCACCGUCGAGGUCCGCUCGGACAACGCGUCGGCGCUUACGAUGGUCGGCUCCCUGCGUGGACGAGGCGCGGCCACCAACCUCCUAGCGAGGGAGUUGGCGCUCGACCUCGGGGGCGCAUCGUUCAAGCCGGAUUUCUGCGUCCACUCCCCGGGGGUCGCGUGCAAGAUCGUGGGCGCCCUCAGCCGGAAGUACGAGCCCGGCGUCGCGCCCUCGAGAAAGAACGACUUCUUCCACGCGCUGGACAACGCCGCGGCGCAGGCGGCCAUGGGGGAGGGGGCGCCGACCAGCGUGCGUGAGCCUGCUUGA